AUGAAGUAUCAAGAACGUGGUCAGCACGUGCAGCGCAUUCUGAAUGACUUAGCCGAAAUGAAUUCAGACACGAGUGGGUAUUUUAGCGCUGGUCCUUUAAGUGUGGAUAAUUUACUAGUUUGGAAAGCAACUAUUUUUGGACCGGAAGGAACUCCCUAUGAAGGAGGAUCGUUUGAAUUUGAUAUUGUCUUUCCGUUAGACUAUCCUUACUCACCUCCUAAAGUAAGGGUUUGUACGAAGAUCUUUCAUUGCAACAUUAAGGAUAACUAUAUUUGUUUGGAUAUUAUUGGGAAGCAAUGGUCAUCAGCUUUGACUAUUUCAAAAGUACUCUUAUCGAUUACAUCUUUACUAGCCGAUCCAAAUCCAGCCGAUCCACUGGACACGAAUGUUUCGCACUUGUAUGUAAAUGACCGCAAGGAGUACAUUCGUAUAGCCCGGGAAUGGACGCAAAAGUAUGCCAUGCUAUAA